AUGACAUUACCAGUAACAACCAAAUCGCCAAAAUCUUCGUCAUCAAUUUUAUAUUCUAGUCAUAAUUCAGAAGUAUCAGCAAGUCAAGUGGCAAAUGCCAAUGCUCUCCUAACAACAGCUACACAUCCACUUUAUUACAAUCCACAAUUUUUACUUAAUAAUUUAAACGUUCAAUCAAUCAAUGUUCAAAGUCAAUUAUUAUCACAACUUUUAUUUGCAGGUGGAGCAACACUUCCAUUUACCAUUGAAGCUCAAAACAAUGCAACGUCUGUUGCUGCAGCACUACAAUUAUUGACGGGUAGUGGAUUGCUACAAAGUCUAUUUGUUACACUAGCAUAUGUAUUUCAGGCAGCAGUCUUGAAUUCUCCUCAACUCUUGCAAACACUCCAACAGCAACAACAAAAUAUACCAAAUACUGUCAUUUCUCAAGAUAAUAAUAAAGAAUCAUUUACAAUCAAGAGAAAUAACAGAUCAAAGAGUAUUUUGAGUGAAAAUCUACAUAAUGACAUCACACAAUCCGAAAAUGAUGAUGGUGAUAAUAGUGAAAAUGAAAAAGUGGAUGACGAUGAGCCAACAAUCGCUUCGACAUUGGCAGCCUUACCAAACAGAAACAAUCAAACAAUCGGAGCAAUAGUGGAUGGAAUUAAUUUAGAUGAAAUGAAAGAAUUUGCAAAGCAAUUCAAAUUACGUAGACUCGCAUUGGGAUUAACACAAACUCAAGUCGGUUUAGCCCUUAGUGCUCAACGAGGUCCUUCCUACUCUCAAUCAGCAAUUUGCAGAUUUGAAAAGCUUGAUAUUACACCAAAGAGCGCAACAAAAAUUAAACCUGUUCUCGAGCAAUGGAUGCACGAUGCAGAAGUCAAAUUUGGAGACAGGUUAAAAAAUGGUCCUACUAAUUUGCAUGAAUUAAUGACUGAUUUAAAUGCAAAAAAACGGAAACGACGAACAUCAUUUACUCCACAGGCACUGGAAAUUCUGAAUGAUGCAUUCGAAAUCAAUACGCAUCCAUCAGGUGUGGAAAUGACAUCGUUAAGUUUACGAUUAAAUCACGAUCGUGAAGUGAUUCGAGUAUGGUUUUGCAAUAAACGUCAAGCAUUAAAGAAUUCAACAAAAAAGUUAAAAGGAAAAGGUAAGCAUUUAACAUCGGAAGAAGACGAUGAUAAAAUUUCAAACCCAUCAUCAACAAUUUGCUCUCCGUCGUCGUCCUUAAUGUAUAAACAGCCACAGCCAGACAGUACAAACCAUUCUGACGACGAGAACGACUUUUUAUCAAAUGAUGAUGAUCAACAACAAUAA